AUGUGGUCCAAAUCCGCAGUAGUGCUGGGUCUAGCCGCAGCCACAGCGCAAGCACACAGAGGUCAGCGACAUGAGAGACAAGCGGCUUCUGAUGGCAACUCCAACUCCAGCGCUGUAUACGUCGCUCCCAUGCAGAGCAGUAGCACAUCGACACAGAGCUCAUAUCCGGGCAGCAUUGCAAGACCGCCUGGACCACUCAAUGGCUAUGGCUCAGCACCACCUUUGGCGCCGCCAUAUGGUUACGCUCCUCCGAGUGCAGGACCACUGCCGACUGAGGCAAUCCCGACAUCAGCGCCGCCAUCAUCGUCGUUGCCGGCGUAUUCCAGCACAGACUUUGCGUACAGCCCUGGGACAAAUACAACCACAGAGGUUGUCACCGCAUACUCCAGUCCCCCGGGCACAGGUGUGUCGAGCUUGAGCUCAUCAACCUCCGUAUCAGAAGCGAAUUAUACCUCGACAGAAUUUUCGUACAAGCCUUUGUCGUUCUUCGGUCCAUCACCAGUUGGACCAAAGACGGCAUCCUCGACCGCCCCAGUCAGCACUUCGACUAGCACCAGCGAUGCUCCUGGUACAACAGGAAUGCCACGCUGGCAGAAUGGAUCAGGUAGCUGCCAGGGAGCUACACUCAACGUACUCAACGCCUCGCUGGACUGGUGGUAUGCCACCACCUUUACAGAUGUUGCCUCGACUUUGUCUGUCACGACUAAUUAUAACGGCUCCACAUCCUGGUCCCUGGUCCCGGCCUCGACCACGUUCAACGUCACAUCUGCUUUAGCUUCGCCUUCAUGCUCGCUGACUAUCACCGAGUCCGUUGGCUGGCAAGGGACUUACAGCUACUACGAAGGGACAUGCUUCAAGACGGCCACGCCAGUGGCUGCCUCUACGUCUGUUGUCACCGUCAGCGCCUAUCUGCCACUGAAUGAAACAGCUGGGAAUGGUACCGUGCCACCACUCGUUACAGCGCCUCCCAUCGCUACUGCUACUAUUCCAGCGGUAAAUGUAACAGCCAAUACGACGUCAGCCGGUGCUUUCAGCCAGGGAACACCCUUCGUCUACUUCAGCCAAUACCAAGUGAUCCACAAGCAGAAUACCACCCACCCCUACGAUGGCCGACCUAUCUGCGCCGAGGUCACAAAGACCUUCAACCUCUCCGAACCCUUUAGCUUCGCCUACGACGGUCAGAGUAACCUUGAUGGCGUGCUCCAGGUCGGCGCAAACGUCACAGGAGAUGUCAAUCCAGCUCUUCUCGGGAUCGUUGGUCAGAGCACCGCUGUUGCAGGAUCUUGGGUAGCUGCUCCUACCGUGCUCUUCGUCGUAAAGAAGGUGCUUGCUGCUCAACCUAGUGCCGUGCCUGCUGCUGCUAGCGGUUCAAUGACGCUGUCUAGUAUUCUACAGACGAUUACUCCAUCUCUCCCUCCCGGGUUCGACACGCAGAGCGCGCAAGGUACUCUGUUUGGUGUCGGAAUCACGGUCAGAGUGCCCGAGUCACAGCCUGUCCUUCUACUACCGCAGACCGUUACCACACCCACGUCGACAGCUUCGCCAGUGACCACGGCUCCAGGCGGUGCAUCUAGCAACAACGGUGGCUCAAAUAAUGGUGGCUCAAAAAAUGGAGGAUCGAAUAAUGGAGGAAGCUCGAAUAGCGGUGGAUCCAAUACCGGUGGCUCAGGAGCAUCUGGUAGCAGCAGCAAUAACGGCGGCAGCCCACCAAAUGUCGGCAACCUCGUCUCGAACGUGAUCAGCGCCGUCCAACCUACAAACGCUCUCCAAGUCCUCAGCGAAGCCCAAGCAGCGGCCAACAACCCCACAGCUGUGGCAAUUGCAGCCGGUCUAGGAGGAGGAGCGCCUGCUGCAAACAGCGGCAGUGGGUCGUCUGGCGGAAAUGUGGCUGUGGUGGGAGGGACAACAUUCACGGUCACACCUGCGAGUGACAAGUCUGGUGGCGGCUCUGUCGUGGUCGCGGCAGCUGGAUCAUCCGCUACCAUUGCGCCUGGUCAGUCGGCUAGUGUGGGUGGCCAGACGGUCAGUAUGCCCGCUUCUGGUGGUGGUGUCAUGAUCGGUACCGGAAGUGGAGCGACUUUCGUCUCACCACAAGGCUCUAGCUCGGGUAGUGGUGGAUCUUCUGGCGCGAAUGGAGGCUCUGGAGCGCAGGCUGCGUUGCCUGCUCCUGUGAUCACGGUCGGUGGAUCCACCGCUACUGCUCAAGCAAAUCCAGCUUUUGUGGUUGGUGGUCAGACGGUUGUGCCUGGUGGCGCCCCUAUCACUGUAUCUGGGCAUACAAUUCUUGUUCCUGCCGGGGCUACCGCUGUGGUUGUCGACGGCUCGACAGUGCCCCUUGCUGGACCAAUUGCUUCGCCUACGGUCUUCAAUGUCAACAGUGUGCCAAUCACGGCCGCUCCAGCCGGUGGUUUUGUCAUCGCUGGUCAGACCCUCCAACCUGGCGGGAGCCCUGUAACAGUCGACGGCACAACUCUCAGCCUCGCGGCCGGAGGUACUGCUGUGGUUGUCAACGGACAGACAUCUAUGCUUAGUCCAAGUGCUGGUGUCGCAGGUGCUGCUGCGGCCAUCCCUCUUCUCACUAUCGGGAGCCAGACAUUCACUGCAAAUGCUGCAACGCAGUUCAGCCUUGCUCCCGGUGCGACUUUGACGCCUGGUGGACAAGUCGUAGUGAGUGGCACCACAAUCAGCCUUGCCAAUGGCGCGACCGCACUCGUCGUGAACGGCAAGAGUCAGGCAUUGAGCGCUCCUCUAGUAACACCGGCUCCCAUGAUCGUGGUUGGUGGAACUGCCUACCAAGCCAAUGCUGGAUCGACGUACGACGUCGCCGGUCAAAUUCUGACUCCAGGAGGUGUGAUCACAGUCAGCGGCUCGACCAUCUCGCUCGCUUCAGGAGCAUCAGCAGUCGUAAUCAACGGCAAAACCACCACAUUGACGAGUGGCAGCUCUCCAACCACGCCGAACGCGAACAUGGCUACGAUCACAGCUCCACCAGUUCUAACAGUCGACGGCUCGGCUUUCGUAGCCAACGGCGCAAGUGUCUAUAUCAUCGACGGCAAGACCCUGACACCAGGUGGUGCUAUCACGAUCUCUGGCGCCAAGGGCGUGGAAACCAUCUCUCUCAACUCAGCAGCCAACCAACUCUUCUCCAUCGUCAGUGGAACGACGUAUUCAUCAAUGGUAGGAGCCAUGGGCGCUAUGCCAACCGGUGCACCUAUCCUUACCGUCAAUGGACAGACAUAUACCGCCCAGUCGUACGACACUGGCAGUGGACCCACAUAUGUCAUCUCCGGCCAGACAUUGACUCGCGGAGGCGCCAUAACCAUCACAGCCUCUAACGGAGUGAAAGAAACCCUCUCCCUCGAAGCAGCAGGCACAGCCCUCGACAUCAUCACCUCCAGCACAACCUCCAUCUCGAAAUUCCCUGGCGUUAUGGCCGUAAUGCCGACCGCUGCCCCGAUCCUCACUAUCGGCGGCCAGACAUUCACAGCGGUGAACAACGGCGCGACGUACGUGAUCUCGGGCCACACCCUCACACCCGGCUCGGAGCAGACCGUCACGAUUGGCGGGAAGACAUAUAUCGUUUCCCUGGCCGCACAAGCAACUCUGCUCGAGAUCAUGGAGGAAGAUGGAAGCGGUCACGUCACAGCUACGGAAUUCGAGACGCUUUUCCCGGCGCAGAUGACCGGGUCGACGCUGACGAAUACGGUCAACAUGGCUGCAACCGGUGCCUCCAGCACAAGCGGCGGCGGAGUAGCAUCAGGCACCGCGGCUGCGGCGACGAGCCAGAAGGCGUCUGCGACGAGUCUGUCCAUGACGCUCAGUGCCGCCGUAUUGGCUCUGAGCUCAUUCUUACUCGCUGUCCUGCUCUAA